AUGUAUCAUGAAGUUGUACCUGAGUUCGAGCAGUUGUACCGGGCAGUUGGCGUCGAGGUAAAUUUUUCGGCAAAAUGCUACCAUAUCGAAACACCUUCAGAGUUUGGCGUCAUUUUGCUGGAGGAGUUGUGUCCAUUUGGUUACACGAAUGCCAAUCACUUAGAAGGACUUAAUUUGGAGCACACGAAGGCGGUGCUUGAGCGUUUGGCGCAAUGGCACGCAGCCUCUGCAGUGCGUGCCGAGACCAAGGGGCUAUACCCUGAACUAUUUCUUAAAGGUAUGUUCAGUGAAUUCACCGAAUCGCAGCAGGGGUCAAUGAAAGCCUACUACGAUACUUUUAAGCCAUCACUUUUCGAGUCCAUAAGAAGCCUAAAUGGUCACGAAGAAUACAUAGAUGACUUGGCGCAAGCGUUUGAUAGCAAAGCCAAAGAAUCUACGCGUGGCUCACAUUAUGAGCCAAGUGAGUUCAACGCUUUGAACCAUGGCGACUGUUGGGUCAACAAUGUCAUGUUUAAGUAUGACAGUCAGGGCAAUAUCGAAGAUACGUUACUCAUUGACUACCAGAUGAUCAAUUAUGGCUCGCCAGCGAAGGACUUGAUUUACUUUUUGCUGUCAUCUACGAUAUGCGAUUUGAAAGUGAAGCAAUUUGACUAUUCCAUUAGAUUUUAUCACGACCAUUUAGUGAAGAACUUACAGCUUUUGGAAUACUCUAAAAACCUGCCGACGUUGAAAGAAAUUCACAUUGCAGUGAUGAAAUACGGCAAUUUAGCACUAAUAACGGCCCUAGGCAUUAUGGCGGUCGCUUUGUUGGAGCCUCGUAGCGAUGCAAUGUUCACAAAUCCCAGAUACCGCAAACAUUUGGAGGUAAUAAUGCCCUGGAUGAGCAAUCGAGGCGUCUUUGAAGUGGGUCGUUAA